GGCCAGGUAUUUGUUAGCCCAGCCUCACUGUUUAUUUCCCACAUGCUCGAGUAAUAAUCAUAUGUGCGUCCUGCUCACGAGUGCACGCCCCGCUUUUCUUCAUCUCUUACCUUAUUCGUCUGUUGUUCGCGCCACCACUGAAAUUGCCUCCUUCCUCCUUCCUGAAGAAUGGCAGUUGUUUGCUGUCUACUGGGGUGAGCAGACGCCACUGUUGCGCGGCCAGUUGACCGAGCCAUCUUGCCCAGGGAGCGAUCUCGGGGACUAGGAGGGACUGAUAACAGAGUGCGGUAGUGCGAGGAUACGUGGAGUAGGAGAAGCUUGCAGAGAAUCGGAGAAAGCCGGCAAGUAAACAAACAAACAGCCUGGUUCCUCUUCUGCUUCUGCGACGUCAUAGCGCCUGAUUGGCGUGUCGUAGUGACGUUCCAAACCCGAUUAACGUGAGUUUAUUUUUAUAUAUACUCGACUAUGUAGUCCGGCAUUAGUGGCAAUAUAUAUAACGAGUACAAAUAAUUAUGAUAAAAGAGAAUGUAUUUGCUUUGCCCAGUGCCAGUGUGUAGCCUCUGUCGGGUCUGACUUCUGCGUAACGUGACACGGGUCACGUGAUCAGUACCUCUCCUUUACUGCUGUGGAGCUUUUUGUGUGUGGGCUGAAGGGCACCAAGGAAGAAAAGGACACUGGUGGUGGGGGGGGGAAACAGAAAAAAUGUGUUGAAAGUAUUGUCUGUGCCUAUCAAUGUAUUCAAUAUAUAAUGCAAACUUGAUUUCUGUCUUGUUGCUUGUUUUUUUUAUUGUUUAUUAUUUUUGUGACACUCUCUAAGUAAAGGGCAUGCAUAGUGUUGGAAGUGUAUGGUCCUUGUGUAACGGUGGGUAAAACAAACAAUAGUGUAAAUAAGAUAGUAGCAUAUCCUAUAUGUUGGGAGGGAUACCCAACUGGCACCCCAGUACAAUAACUAUAGAAGGGAAGAUAAGGUCAAACUGUUACAUAAAAAAGUGGCACCCCAGGUGGGACUUGAAUAGAGUGUUGCACUGUAUGGAAACUUACAACAUCCAUAGAGGGGAACAAGUAAUAUGAUAAGAAGGAAAAAAUGAGUACAGAAGAUAAAACAAUGGACGGUUUUAUUGAUGCAUUAAUUGAAAAUGCAUCCCCCCCCCAACCACAAAAUGCACUACCACCUGUAACAUGCUCCACAGCAUAUUCACUUUUGGACAUGGAAUUGACAGGAGAGGAUCUACUGAAGUCUCCGUUGUCAGCUCAGUCUGUUACUCCCCAACCGAGUGAGUCUCUGGCCAUAUCUGGAGUUCAGUCCCAAAUGGUGAACCUAAAUCAAAAGGUGGACGGAAUGAAAAAUAACAUGAAAAAUGAGUUGGAUAACAUGAAAACCACUCUCAUAGAGAUAAUGAAUGAGAAACAGAAAGAGUAUUUGGGACAUAUGGACGCUCAGAUGGAGUACAUUCUCACUCAGUUCAAAGCGACGUUGAGUUGGAGAUUGAAACAUCAUCAUACGGAGGUUCUCCAGGAAAUCAGCACCCUGCUUGCCCCAGUGACUGGAAGUGUUGCCUGUUUAUAUGAGGAGUUCACCCGCUUGCAGGGGGAGCUCUCUCAUUGUUCUAAAUUAGUUAAAGACAUGGCAGAGGAAUUUAUUGCAAGAAGUCAACCUAACCAGACAGAUAUGGUAGAUCAAUCCACUUCAAUUGUUUUCCAAGACCUGCCACCUAUAGUCACUUUUAGCAGGUCAAGACUUGAGUCUACAGCUCGUCAUCCAGCAAUUGGAGAACAAACGGCGCCAGUCCUUACCCCCUUGCCUUUAAAGAAAAGCAGAGAGACAGGGAAAAGCCCAAUUAAGUUACAAUUUCCUACAUAUGGGAAAUUAGAGGAUCCUUCAGACCCAUUACAGUAUUUAGAGCGCUGUGAAGACUAUUUAUCGCUUAACUCACUGUCCGAUGAAGAGCUGAUGGCCACACUACGUAACGUGCUACACGGUACAGCCAGAGAUUGGUGGGAUGUUGCAAGGCAUAAAAUUCACACUUGGACAGAUUUCCAAGACCAGUUCCGAGCUGCGUUCCUCUCUGAGGACUAUGAAGAUGAGCUCGCUGAAAGGAUACGAACUCGAGUUCAAGGAGAAAAUGAAAGUAUUAGAGACUUUGUAUAUAUGUAUCACUCACUGUGCAGACGCUGGAAAUCGAAUAUUGAGGAGGAAGAUAUUAUUAAGUUGAUUCUAAAACAUAUCAAUCCCUCCUUGGCCAGCCAACUGCGUAGUAGCCGAGUCACCACUGUGGACGAGCUUGUUCGUUUGGGCCAGCAGUUGGAACAAGAUCGAGAUAAUCAACAUCACUAUGAUCAACGGAGGCGUGAAGCUGCAACACCCAGGCCUGCUGAAUCUCGACCACCAACCACUGAACAAACUGUGCGGCCGAAGACACAGAAUUAUAAUCAAAAACGGCCACCUGAACCAUUCUGUUGGCGAUGUAAAGGGAACCAUUUACCUGUCGUUUGUCCACAUGGAGGCUCUAAUCGGACCUCAUCACCACAAGGUCCUUCUCAGCCGGUAGCUAGACCAUCUCCGGUCCAAAACAAUCCUGCCACCGUUGGGUCUCUUACUACUUCGGAACCCCAGAGUGAAGUUGGGGUUGCUUUUCCCACCUCGGGUCGAUCUCUGCCAGUCCAGUUAAGAGUUCCUGUGACCCUUGGACCUUGGCAAGGAACUGCUAUCCUGGACACAGGAUCUUCAUAUACUCUGGUCAAUGAAAGGGUGUGGUCAGAACUUAAUGGAAAUAUUCAGCCCUGGGAGAGAGGGCCUUUGUAUUUGGCUGAUGGACAAGAAAGACAACCGUUUGGAUGGAGCGAAAUAAUCAUUACUGUACAAUCCCGAGUCAUUAGACUACCUUGUGUAAUCCUGCCCGUUCAAAGCCUUGCUUUUUCUGUGGUGCUGGGUCUUGAUUUCAUAUCCCUUUCCGGUCUACAAUUUGAUGUUUCGGAGCAGAGAUACUGGUUUAAAUUUAACCAGAGAAAACACUAUCAGUUCCUGCAAGAGUCAGCCACAUUGUCAAACUCACCCUCACAUCAGGUUGCCUUCUUCUCUGCUGUUGCUCCAACCCAAUUAUUAACAACUCCAUCAUGCCUUGAUCUCUUCCAGAACGCUGUCACCCAGGCUCACCUAGACGAAUUUGGUAAAAGAUUAUUAUAUUGCCAACUUCAGGAAAACUCUGCUGUGUGUACUGACGUUUUGGGAUGUACAGAGGUACUUACCCAUAAAAUUUACCUCUCGCAUGAUUUGCCCAUUAAACAAAAACCUUACAGAGUUUCUCCGGCCAAACUCCAAGUAAUUAAAGAACAUGUGGAUGACAUGCUUAAAAGGAACAUCAUUGAGCCCUCAUCCUCACCAUAUGCAGCUCCAGUUGUUCUGGUACCAAAAAAAAGUGACCCCAAACCUCGCUUUUGUGUUGAUUUCAGGAAGGUCAAUGCUGCUACUCAGACGGACUCAUAUCCUCUGCCCAACAUCCAAGAGAUCCUGGAAUCACUGGCUGGAGCUAGGAUUUUUACCACUCUAGACCUUAACAGUGGAUACUGGCAGGUCAAAAUGGAUCCAGACAGUUGUGAGAAGACUGCCUUUGUAUGUCCAUAUGGUUUAUUUCAGUUUAAAGUGAUGCCAUUUGGAUUAAAAAAUGCCCCCGCUACUUUCCAGCGGUUGAUGGAGAUUGUCCUUGGAGAGCUGCGUGGAAAUAUCUGUUUUGUUUAUCUUGAUGACAUUAUCAUCUACUCCCACUCUCAUCUACAACAUCAACAGGACAUACAAAAGGUUUUGGAUAAAUUGCGUGAAGCUAACCUCACAGUCAACAUGAAGAAAAGCCAGUUCUUCCGGACUUCACUUACAUUUCUGGGACAUGUUGUGUCAUCUGACGGUGUAGCAGUGGACACCGAGAAGAGCAAAGCUGUGCAGGAUUUUCCCGUCCCUCAGAACCUGAAACAGCUUCAGAGAUUUUUGGGCAUGGCUGGCUGGUCCACAGUUCUUAUCGUCUGUGUACGAGGAGACCUGUAA